UCUCCUGGGUAGUGAAAAGUAUCAGAUGGAUUCUCAUGGCGGCUGCAAAAAGACACUGCCCAUCUCGGACUCACAGUUUUAGGCUUGAAAGUGGAGCUGGAGCUCCUAGUCGUAAACAAUUAAAACAAGUCGACAGCUUGUUAGAUAUAACAGCUAAAAUUGUUGCCGAGAAAAUACCAUUUCAACGUAUAGAACAGCAAUAUGAUCGGAUACCCGAGCCUGUUCAGAGCAAGAUUGUGUUCUGGUCCUUUCCUCGCAAUGAAAGGGAUAUUUACAUGUAUUCAUCAUAUGCUAACUGUUCCAAAGAGCAUUCGGAAAAUCAAAAACUUCCAUUCCACCAAGGUGUUCGGCUUCUCGAAAAUGGUGCAGUUGCAAAUGUGCUUCAGAUAGGGUUUCAUCUAAGUGGAUCAGUUACAGAACCUAGUAACCCUCUUCUGACUCAACCAGAGAAAGUUUAUAAAGUUUCAAUCAGUUUUGAUAGGUGUAAAAUAACAUCAGUACAAUGUGGCUGUGGAAACAAAGACAUCUUUUGGUGUCAGCACGUGGUUGCUUUGUCCUUGUAUCGCAUUCGCAAAGCCAAAAUUGUUCAAUUGAGGGUACCAAUAUCAGAAACUCUACUCCAGAUGUCCAGGGAACAGUUACAAAAAUUUGCCCAGUAUCUCAUCACUGAGCACCACUCUGAUGUCUUGCCAACAGCUCAAAAAAUAGCAGAUCAAAUCUUGCAAGCUGAAUCCGAAAUAAACCUAUUGCCAGGUGCACCUGACCCAACAGCUGGUGCAUCUGUUGAUGAUGAUAAUUCUUGGCAUCUGGAUGAAGACCAAGUACGGGAGCAGGUCAGGACUUUUCUUUCUCAGGGAGGCUACACUGGACCAUCAUCUCAACUUCAUUCUAUGUUUGCAAAGGUUAGAGAAAUGUUGCGAGCUAAAGAUUCAAACGGUGCAAGAAUGUUGACUUUAAUGACAGAACAGUUUUUAGCUGAUCCUCGUCUAUCAGUUUGGAGAGCUCAGGGGACACCGCUGUCGGAUAAAUGUAAUCAGUUUUGGGAUGAGCUAGGUGCAUUGUGGGUAUGUGUUGUCCUUAACCCACACAGUACCAGUAAUGAGCGUACUCAGUGGAAAUCAUUGCUGCAGCAGUGGGUCCAGUGUCCAGUCUGUCCAUUGGAAGAUGGAGAAGUUAAUAUACUCUCAGAUUUUGCCAUCAGAAGCUCCACGCGACUUAGAGAUUCUUCAGGCACUUCCACUGAGAGCCUUCACAGAACAGUAUUGCACAAUGCUUUGGAGGCCAGUGACUUAAGAUGGAAUGACCCACAUCUCCAACAGCUGAUUGCUUCUGACAUGUAUUGGAGUUCUAGUCCUAUGCCAGGAGACAAUUUUGAUAGUCAAGGGCUUCCUUUGUGGAAAGAAUAUGUGCCCACAGCUUGCGCUCGAGUUGAUGCUCUUAGAUCCCAUGGUUACACAAAGGAAGCCUUGCGUCUUGCAGUGGCUAUUGUGAGAACUAUGAAAUCAGCUGCUGUGGCCAACUGGGAAAAUUCAACUCAGGAAAAUCUUUAUAAAUCCACUAGUUCUUCCUGUUCCUGCUGUUUGCAUUCAUGUGGUCGUCGACAUCCUCCUUACAACCCUGUGGGCUGGAUAGGUCAUCCCCUGGAUCCUAUAGGAGUCCUCUUUGACACUUUGUGUGAGGCCUGUGUGGUGGCUGAUGAUGUCUCUCAAGAGUUUUUGAGUCGGCAUCUGAAUAAUGAUAAUGCUAAUGAAAGCAGGCGAAGAUAUCAACAUGUCAACAUUCCGGGAGCUGCUGAACAGGACCAGACCUAUUUAACUUUAGCUUAUGAAGUGGCUUUAAUGGGAUUAGGACAACAGCGAAUCAUGCCUACUGGCUUACAAUCUCAGGAAAAAUCAUGUAAGCAAGAGGAAAGAUUGCUGGCUAAACUGAGCACCAUUGAACUAGACUCUACACUAUUUCAAGUCUUACAGAAAACUACAAAUUUAUUGCUAGAAGGAGGCUAUGCCAGUGGUUUGGGACUUGGCAUUCACCCAGAGAGUUACCCCAUGCAUACAUGUGCUCAUUUUUUAUUCCUGAAACUUGUGUCUCGUGAUGAGGAUCUGGCUUACAAGGUUGGAUUGCGGGCUAUGAGACUGCCCAUCUUGGAGAAUGUUGAUGAUUCUAAUUUUGAUGAUAGUGUUAAUAAUGCCAACAGGUUGACCCGCUUUCCAAGAUGGUUCAUUUUGUCCCAUGUUGAAUCUCAGCAGUGUCUCCUGGCAUCAACCCUGUUGGAGGCGGCAAAAAACGAUGCUGAGAGACUUCAGUCAGUGCUUGACUGUGCCCAGAGACACAUCCAUAGCUCUUCACAGCUCUUUCGGCUUGCCCAAGACACAUUUAAAAUCUCCACUCCUCCAGAUGGACCUAAAUAUCUUCCAGCCCUGAAAGCUUCUUUUGAACUUGGAUUGCAGGUGAUGAGAAUGACACUUAUGACCCUUAACUGGCGCCGUAGAGAGAUGGUAAGGUGGAUUGUGACUUGUGCAACUCAAGUAGGAGUUGAUGCACUUUUAGCCAUCAUGCAGUCCUGGUACCAGUACUUUGCUCCUGUUGAAGCUUCAAGUACCGUUGCCAUGACAGUCAUGUCCCCUGCCACUAUGAUGCAAUUGAGUGCUACAUACUCUCAACAGGAAGAGCUUGCACACUGCACUCGAACCUUAGCUUUACAGUGUGCCAAAAGAGACCCACAGAACUGUGCUCUUUGUGCACUCAACCUGUGUGAGAAAGAUAGUCGGGCAUUUGAAGCUGCUUAUCAGAUAGUGGUAGGUGCUGCCUCGCACAUCAUAAAUUCCAGCCAGCUUUUCACCAUAGCCAGAUACAUGGAGCACCGUGGCCAUCCUUCUCAAGCCUUUCGGCUUGCGCUGCUGGCAAUGAAAGGGCUGCAUGUCGCUUACAAUCAUGACACUCACCCUGCCAUAGCAGACAUCCACUGGGCCUGUGCGCUAGCUCAUUCUCUGGGCAGGACGGAGCUGGCCAACCUGGUCCCCAUCAUCGUCAAAAACAUUCAGUGUGCCACUGUGCUGGCAGACAUUUUGCGCAGCUGCACGAUAGCAUCGCCGGGUCUGGCUUGCUUGGAUAGCAAGCGUAGGACGUUGAAAUCAUUGAGCUAUGACAAAGCGCCGCUGAAGCAGCUUAUGGAUAGCACCAUUGUUGCUUACAUACACUGCGCCCACUCAAAGCUCUCCCAUAUCAGCCCUCGCCAUUACUCAGACUUUAUUGAUUUCCUGAGCAAAGCACGGGAAACAUUUCACCUGGCACAUGAUGGACCUCUCAGGUUUGCACAGUUGAUUGAGAACAUGAAACUUGUUUACAAAGGGAAAAGAAAACUUAUGUUUUUGAUUCAUGAAAGAUUUGGUUUAUAAUUGAAUAAUUCCAAAAAAAAUUGUAAGAUAAUUUAUUUGUUGGUUUAUGUUUAUAACAUUUACAAAAAUGAUUUCUUUUUCGAAUUUCUGGUAUGUUGAUUAUUAUGUGCUACAAUAUUUGGUGUAUACAAAAUAGAAGAUUUGUUUCCUUAUCAUUUUGGGAAAAGUAGUGAAUUGACACAUUUUUUAUUUUAGUUUUGUGUAAUACUCAUAAAUUUUGUAUUUAUACUUUUGUAAAAACAGUUUAAAAACAAAUAUUUAAAAAGUAAAUAGGAACAUUUUAGUCCAGAUAAAAUGGUAUUGAAUCAAAUGAAUGAAGUGACAGAAAAUAAUUAUCCUAAUAUUAUUCACAUAAUAAUAGCAUAGCCAUACAUGGUGCCAAAGUGUAAAUAGAAAAUAUUUGAUAGAUUAGCGAUUGAUGAAAUAUACCAUCAGAAAUGUUUCUUUUAUAAACUUAUUAUGUAUCAAAGAGAUUGAUAAUGGGUGCUGUCCUGUAGCCAAGUAGUGACAAACAAUUGCUCUUAUAGCUUGACUGAUGACAAUAGUGAUAGGAUUGUCCAGUUGGAGCUGUCCUGUAGAAGGUUGUCCAAAAGCUCCAUUGUGAGAAUUCUGUUGCAAUCCAAGGACAUGACACCCCUGUGUAAACUAUGUAACAAAGCAAUUUCUAUUCAAAUUAUUUAUUCAAAGAUGUUUUUUGAGUUUGGGACAUGUGUGGUUGUCAUGGUUGUGCUAGUAUGUGUGUUUGGACUGCAGCAUACCUUUUUGCAAGUUUGUGAGAGUGUAGCUUUUUUUUAUUUAAUUGUGUGUGCAAGUGUCUGUACUGCAUGAGCCUUGAAUGUAGUGAGGAUCUUGUGUCAAUGGCUGUACUAUGCUCACCCUGUUGAAUAAUGUUCACAUUGUAUGUUUAAUUGUACAGAUCUGAUUUCUGUUUUUUUUUCACCUGCAAAAUUUGAAUUUUGAAAGACAAUUUUUGUUUAAACCAAUCUAGUUAAUGCUGCAAUAAGUAUUCUGUUUAUGAAAGAUAGCUUACAUUUUCUUGUUGUUGUCUUUGAAUAUUAUUUAAUUCCUUUGUACUUCAAAAUAUUAUCUUUUUUUUUUUUCAUUAAUCCAUAUAUAGAUAUAUAUAUAUGUAUUUUCUGAAGAUAAUACUUGCAUAGCUUUAAAUAGAAUUUGUCUUUUUGUGUUCCAUUUUUUGUAUCAAUAAUUCCAGCUUUGAGCAGAAGUAAAGGUGUGACCUCCUCCCACAUCUCUUGUAGGACCAUAACCUUAUCUGUGAUGAAUUACUGACCUCCCUCAAGUUCACAGACAAUGAACCAACACUUUAUUCCCUAUGAAUGGUGUAGUGUGCCACUAAACUAUCUUGGUAAUAUUCUAAGAGAUGAAUUUAUUUUAAAAAAAGAGAUUUCCCUUGUUUUGUUUCUGUAUUCCUAUUUCUGAAUUUUACUUUUUCAUGUUAGUCAUGUGAUAUUUAUGCAUUAGUCAUUUGUUUAAUUCUUUUGUUCUUGUAACAUUGAAAAGAUCAAGUGACAUUCAUUAUGUUCUGUUGAAAAUGUUAUAUUUUAAAGAUCAGUGAGGAUUGCUCAUUGACCACCUUACACUUCAAAAGUCAAAAAGUGUUAAUCCUAUUAGCUUACACUGUUUCCUCAAUGUUGCCCUGAUCUGUUUGGUUGAGAUUCAUGUUUUUGUUGUCUUUGUAAACUAUUUGUGGUUGUUUAUUUUUAUUUAUAAAUAUCUGAGAAUUUGUAUUUAACUAAAAUAGCUCAACAAAAUAUAUAAUUCAAGAAUAGCUGAGAUUGUAUAAACAUUUUUUUUGUUUAGUCUGUGUAGAUUGUCUUGGUGAUGUAGACAUUCUGUCACUUAACAAUCAUUUACUUGCUGUCUGCUUGAAGGUAUCUCAAGUUAUACUGCAUUUAAUCAUUGUAAUAAACAAAAAUAAAAUUGUAAUGACGCUUCUAUGAAUUAGUAGUGACUAUUUUGAAAAAGAAAUGUUUUAAAAAGGUGUUCUAUUUGUCUACUCAUUACCAAUCAACAUGGACACACAUUAUUGACAUUGAAAGUCUGGUAGAUUUUAUUAUUCUGUUAUUUUUAUUGAAAAGAUAUUUCAUCAUGACUGUUACAUGUUUUGUUUUUUUCUCUUUACUUUAGACAAAAUCAAAUUGUUGUUUGUCACAUAGCAAGUACUAAAAACAAAAUUCACAGCCUUAAUUCUGAUACCUAUGUUAUUGAAUGUGGAACAUUAUUUCACUUACCUACAGAUUACAGGAAAAAUUAGUCAAAUCAAUCCUUUAAAACUUUUUUGUGACUAAAUUAAACUCUGGAGGGACUUUGUUAGAUGCUGGAAUAUCUGAUUUAGCAGAGUUUUUUUUAAAUCUUGUGUACCACUUAACCUAGAAUGUGUCAUUGAGAAUAGAGAAAUAAGCAUGAAAAUAAUGUCUUUGUUUUGCCAACUAAUAUCUGGCAGUCCUUUACAAAAUAUAUGCAAAAUGACCAUUAAGCUCAAAAAGCUUUGAUACCAUAAAAUAUCCAAUACAUAUUUUUAAGCUUAAUAUAAGUUAUAAUGUUGUUGAGCCCCAGAAGGCCACUUUUUAUUUUUUUUUUUGUUUAAACCAUGGUAGAUGUCACAUUGACCUGACAAUGUCUUGCUGACUACUCUGUCACAGUGGACAUAUGCAGACCAGAUAUUUAUUCCCUUUUAUUUUUGUAUUGAGAUGUACUUACCUACCUCACUGUUUCUCAAGUUCUGUCAAAUGUUGGUUUUAUUUUUCAAAUGGUUUUUAUUUUACAUUCAUUUUUUUUUUUUCUUUUACUUGAUAGAAUUUUAGAAAUCUCUAUAAUGAUAAAUGCUUUUUUUUUUUAUAGUACGUUCUAGUAGCUUUUAUUUGUAUUCGUUCUUUGGGCUGUCUUCUUUAUUGGAUGAGUUUCUUACUUGUUAAAUGUGGCUUUAGUUGGCUGAGUAUUCUGUGUGCUUUUUAAACAUUUUUGUUCAGUAAGUUUGAUGGUUUCACUGUUGUCUGCUUUAUAAUCUCUUGUCAUUAUGUUGCCUAGGACUUAAGAUGAAUGUCCUGCAGCUGAACUAACUCACUUCUGCACCAAGUCUUAAUGUUUUGGUUUCUUUUUUUAAAUGUUUGGGUAAAUAUUUUUAUUACCAAGAUAAUGAAGAUUAAUACUAAACAACUAUUUGAUUAGUACUUUUUUUUUUUUUGCUACUAUUAUUAAUUUUUCACAAAUAUUUGUAACAACUAAAAAAAAAAAAAGGAAACUAAAUUAAUAUAAUUUGAAGUCUGUUGCUUUUGUAAUAAAAAAUAGUUUGCCUUUUUUUUCAUUGACUCAACUUUAAAUACCUUACACUUAGCACUCAAUUGUAUGUUCUGUUUGUGCUGGUGCAUGAUGUCCUCAAGUUAGGGUUCUUCUUAAUAGUCACACUGAAUUAAAUUGAUUCCACCUCUCCAUUCCCACUUUGUAAGCAAGUGUAGUCUUGUCCUUUGUAAUGAUUGCUAUUCAAUAUUUCAGUAAAUUUACCAAAAUAGUAAUCAUUGGUAACCAUCUAGGGAUAUUUUCUUAUGUAUUCACUUGAAUUUAGACCUUUCAAAGCUGUUUUUAUUUAGAAGAAAUUUAUCUCUCUAAGAAAGCUUAACUCUUUUCAGUUAACAGUAUUUAAAGUUUGGUUUGUUUUUGACAGGCUUAUGAAGUCUUACAGUUGUUGUUGAUUGGUUGGCUGUGGUGGUGUUUGAACAAAGUUUAUUUUGGAUAUAUAUAUACACAUUAUGAGCAUGGCUCAAGAUUUUAUCUUCAUUGAUCUGGUGUAUUCUUGCUAUUGUCAUUGCAUAUGUACAUGUAUAUCAAGCAUUUGUAUGUCUACACUGCAUAGAUAAAUAUAUAAUUAUGUGUGUUUAAAUAUUAUGGCAUGCAUUUGCCAGUUCUGAAGUAUUAUCAUUUAUGUGGGCUUAAGAAAUAUAUUUUAAUAUCUUCCACUCUAUAUAUUACUUUUAUAUACAAAAAAUAUAUUUAAUAUGUUUCGCUUCACUUCAUAUUACAAAGAAUCAUUUCCAUUCUGUAUAGACCAUACAUUUGUUAUUCUUUUUUUUUUACGCAUGUUUUGUUUUUAGCAUAGGAUUUUGUUCUCAAUGUGUUUGGGGUCUAAGGGAGGAAAGUAAUUUGUGUGUUUUAUUUUGUGUGUGUUUUGGGUUUUUUUUUUUUUUUUUUUGGUCAUGGUCAAAGCAUUUCUUGCAUACUAUCACAGCUUGGUAUUCAAAGUCUAUGUUUGUUGAAUGAAGCUGAGACUAGGAAGAGCUUGGCUUGAAGGAAGUGAUUCCAAAUCUUUGUUGUGACAGAUGAAUUGUAAUAGCAGCUCUCUGUGUCCUUGCAAUAUUUCACCUCAGGAAGCAAUUUUCCGAAUGAAUGAGUGUUUACUUGUCUUUGUGUGUGAGAGUGAUAGAGUGAGUGAGUCCUCUUGCUUCUGUACAUUUGGAUUUGAAUGUUUUACUAAAACAGUCAAUAAAAGCUGGUCUAGUUGCACAAA